AUGAAGUUCUUAUUGCCAAUAUUUGGUUUAAUACUGAUUACAUCAGUUUUAGCUGUACAUAAAGAAUGUUCAACUCGAGUUAAAAUUAACGCACGCAUAACAAAGUAUGGUGAAUUAAUUUCUGUAAGUAAAAAACCAGAUAAUAGUUCGCAAACUGGCUGUACCAGAUGGAUUUAUAUGAUGAAUUCACAUUUAUCAUCAAUUGAAGCACAUGCUUUCAAUAAUGAUUUGCAAAUAAAAGAAUUGCUCAUAAAUAAUUUAAAAAAAGAAUUAAGAUUAACACAAGAUUCAUUUGCUGGUUUGGGACAACUUGAUUCACUUACAAUUUAUUCAACAAUUAUAUCAGAAGACAGACGUUUAUUCAAACACGUUGGCAAUAUAACAAAACUUGAAUUGGUAAUUCAUGAAUCAAAUGCAGAUAUCAUUGGAGAUUCAUUUACAGAUUUAAAAAAUUUAAAAAAACUUACAAUUGCCGAGAGUAAAACAAUAGCAACAAUUGAUUUUGCUCAAUUCUUCAAGGCCAUACCAUCAAUAAUUGAUCUUACAUUUUUAUAUUGUGAAACAAUAAUAAUGCAAUCACUGGCAAAAGCAUCUCUUAAAAAACUCAAGCAAUUAAACUUUUUGUAUUCGCAAAUUGAUCAUUUAACGCCUGGUGAUUUUGAUGGUUUUACUGAGCUUGAAUCUUUGUCAAUUAUUUCUGAUGUGAAUAAUCCAAAUGUCAUAAAUAUUCAGAAAAAUGUUUUCAACAAUAUUACACAUUUAAAAAAAUUACGUAUUCAAUAUAGUGGAAUUAUCAUUCAAAAUAAUUCAUUCUCCAGGCUUUAUCUUGAUGAGCUUGAUUUGAGCCAUAAUUCAUUUAAUGUUAUAAAAGUUAAUGACAAAACAUUUAAUGGACUUGGUGUUGAUAAACUUGAUUUGUCAUUCAACGAUAAUAUUGUCAUUCAAGAAGGUGCAUUUGAAAAAACAACAAUUAAUACACUUUAUCUAAUUGACACUGGAAUUACUGAAGAUAAUGAUACUUCUAUUUGGCAAUUUUCACACUUGCCAGAAAUUAUUUUUGAUUUACCUCAACCAACUUCUUUAACAUAA